AUGGCCCAGAACGCUCCCGACAACUACAUCCCCCAGUAUGCCAAGCAGGACGAGUGGGAGGACCAGGAGCUCCAGAAGUUCGCGAUUGAGUUCUACCGCAUCUCAGACAAUCCCGAAGAGAACCAGCGAUGGGUAGACUCUUUCACAAAAGAUGCCCAAGUGCAGAUUGGCGCCGACAAGGCGCAAGGCUCCAAAGACCUCUCUGAAUUCCGAACCCGGAUGUGGGCGCAUAUCAAGGAGCGCAGACACAAGGUGCUCAAGGUCUUCCCUGGACGAUUCGCAGACUCCAAAAGCAGUGAGGCCAUGUUGCUCGGCGAGGUGAGCGUCACCACGACAGACGGACGGCUCAAGGAUGCUGCUUGGUCGGCGCAUGCCGUUGUCAGGAAGGUGGAUGGACAGUGGAAGUUCUCGUCCUACAGAGUUUGGCUACAAGCCGAUGGACAUCUUCUAUGA